UGUUGGAAAGGUGAUAUAAUAUUUUCUGCAAGUCGAAAAUUAUUGCACUUUGUCAGUGUUGACUAUAUAGAAUAUUCAUUUUACUAUUGUAACAAAGAAUCGAUCAGUUUUUUGUUGUUGUUGUUGUUGUUUCGUAUUUGAUCAACUGAUUUGAAAAAUAAUUAAGAUAAUUAUUAAGUGUGCUGGUGAUAAUAACAAUCUAUUAUUAUUGACACUAUUAAAUGCGCUAACGUUUUCAAAUUCAUUAUUACGAAGAAUUGUAGAGUGAACAUUUCUCUCUCACUCUGGCUUCGAUAUUACAUUCAUUGUUAUUAUUAUUAUUAUUCUCCAACAAUACAGUGGAGUAGUGCACUCACGUGUUUACAUCGUCUACGGUCUACGUAUCUACAUCAUAAUUCUAUUCAGAUAAAUAUAACAAAAAAAAUAUUUUUUUAAAAACAUUUUUUGAUUCGUAUAUAGUAUAUAACAAUAUAAACACACAGAGAGAGCAUAAUACAAAGGCGAAGAAUGUGACUAGAGAGUUGAACUUUAAAAUAGUGUUAUCAAAUUGUUCAAAAAAGGUGGUUUUUAUGAAUGCAUUUCGAGAAAAUGAAACUGGAAAACUGAUAAGACGUUUGUUUGAAUGUCCGAAAUAAAUCGAAAUAGACUUUUCAAUAAUCGAAACUAUUCAACUUGUUAACGAAAUAUAAUCAAAGAUAUUAGUGUCACAGUUGCAUUUAUAAACCAGCCACAUCAGCCAACUUGAUUUUGUGCAUCGCGUGAACUUAUACAAAAUAUUUAUUUUAUUUUUUUUUGAAUAUAUAUGUGCGCUCAAUUCAAUUCAAUAUUUUUUUUUCAUCCUAAAUUUUUUCUUUUUGCUUUUUUAUUUGAACAGAAAAAAAAGUUUUUGUUUUGUUUCGUUUGAAAAUGCCGGUAUAUUUCAAAGAAGUCAAUGGAUUAACGAAAAAAUCCGAAUAUCUUUUCGCUACGAAAUUUGUGUACGCAUUCCCGGUUCCGAAUCCGAUCAGUCCGCUGGGACCUGACUACAAAUUCGAGCCGUGCUUCCUUCCAGUCAAAUGUAAAAAGUAUUUGGAUCAAAUAGAAAAUUUCACGGUGCUGAAGGAUGACGUUUGGGGAGUGUCAUUUGCCAAAACCGGAUCCACCUGGACGCAGGAAAUGAUCUGGCUGAUGAACAACGAUUUGGACUAUGCUACAGCUAAGGAAAAGCAGCUGUUUGCCCGAUUUCCGUUUUUCGAAGACGACAUUUACGAGGACAAUCCGAGCAGAAACACGCUGGAAAUGAUGAAUCGCUUACCUUCGCCUCGUCAUUUGAAAACUCAUUUGCCGGCUGGGUUGUUGCCAAAGGAAAUUUGGACUGUGAAACCGAAAAUUAUUUAUACGGCCCGUGGUGUCAAAGACACGGCUAUUUCUUACUACCAUCAUUUCGUUUAUUUUAAGGAGUACAAAGGAACGAUGCAAGAUUUUCUGGAAACAUUUUUGGAAAAUAAGAUUCUGUUGUCACCGUAUCACGGUCAUUUCAAAGACUUUUGGUCGCUACGUCACGAGGAAAAUAUUCUGUUUCUCACCUACGAAGAAAUGAAAAGUGAUUUAAUGGCAGUAUUGAAAAAAACGUCUAAAUUCCUGGGAAAAUCGUACUCGCACGAAGAGCUACUGAAAUUGUCGGAACAUUUGUCCUUCGAUACGAUGAAAACCAACCCGAGCGUCAACUUUACGAUGACUUACAAAAAGCCCGGGAAUGAGAACUGUGAUGCCAAUGGCUACGAUUGUAAGAACAAAUUCAGUUUUAUUCGAAAAGGAAUUAUUGGUUCACACAAAGAGGAGAUGACACCAGAAUUAAUUGAAAAGUUCGACAACUGGACGAGAGAAUAUAAUUUGAAAAAUGGAACUUCCAUUGAACCAUAGCGACGAAAUACGGAGGAGAAAAGGUCUUUGUAAUGAAUUUAAUAUAAUACACAGACGACGCAAAUUAGAUUUAAACGGGAACAUCAUUUCACUUUAAAUGGCUAGAUAGAAUUGCUAACAGACAAAAUUAUCCGAAAGUUUUGGUGAAUAACCACAGCAAUAAUAGUUACGCUGUACGGGAUAACGAAUAAAUAAAAACUCUUUUUAUUUUGAAAAAA